GGUUUUAACGUGUUGUAGUAUAUAAAGACGAUUUGACAUUAAAAUAACUGCGUUUACAAUAUAUAAACAAAUCAUUUUAACAAAGUGUACAUUUGAAAAUACUUUUGGGAUUUAAUAUUACCUAAAGCGAUGAGACGACUUAUGUUUCUUCUAUACAUUGUAACUCAAGUGUGUAAUGUGAAGAGCCAGUAUACAGGAGAUCUCCGCAUAAUUGGAGGAUCGCAAGAAAAUAAAGGACGCUUAGAAAUCUUUUUUAAUUAUACAUGGGGAACUGUGUGUGACGAUGAUUUUGACAAUAUUGAUGCAAAUGUAGCUUGUAGACAACUCGGCUAUUGUUCUGGCAUCAUGUGGAGAUCCCAAUUUGUAAACGAUGGCAAUGGUACGAUAUGGCUAGAUGAUGUGAAGUGUUCUGGAACAGAAAGUAGAUUGAUAAACUGUUCAUACGAAGAUUCCCAUAAUUGUCACCAUGGUGAAGAUGUUGGUAUUGAUUGUGAUGUUGUAUGUCCUGAAACUGGUGAUUUACGUCUAACUGACAGUAUGCGGAGGAACGAAGGACGAUUGGAGAUAUAUCUAAGCCAUGAAUGGGGAACCGUUUGCGAAAACGCAUUUGAUGACAUUGAUGCGGAAGUAGCAUGCCGACAGCUCGGUUAUCGUACUGGAACAGCCAUUCGUGCUAGCAUUAUUUAUGAUGGGUCUGGACCCAUCUGGCUAAACAGUUUAGGAUGUAAUGGUACUGAGAGUAAAUUAAUUGAGUGUACAUAUAGUGAUACGAAUUAUUGUUUUCAUUUCUAUGAUGUUGGAGUCCAAUGUUCAUUUACCUAUCCAACUGAAGAUCAUGGGAAUUUGCGUCUUAUUGGAGGAAGAAAUGCAAACGAAGGACGAUUGGAAAUAAAUUUGUUCGAUGAAUGGGGAACUGUUUGUCAUGAUUAUUUUAACAAUAUUGAUGCAGGAGUAGCUUGUAAACAACUUGGAUACUGUACUGGUACCGUAUUGCCAUCUAAACAUGUAGAUGAUGGAAAUGGAACAAUUUGGUUAGAUAAUGUUGACUGUGUUGGAAGCGAAGAGAAAUUAAUUAAUUGUUCUUAUGAUUCUUACCUAACUAACUGUGGACACCAAAAUGAUGUUGGCAUCCGAUGUUUCAUCACCUGCCCAGUACAAGGCCACUUGCGUAUUGCUGAUAGCGCACAGGAGCACGAAGGACGACUUGAGAUUUAUAUGAAUGGAGUUUGGGGAACAGUUUGUCGAGAUUUCUUCGACGAUAUUGAUGCAACAGUAGCAUGUCAACAACUUGGGUACUGUUCUGGAAAAGCAUUGUCUUCAUACGAUGUAGUGGAUGGCACAGGUGUUAUAUGGAUUGAUGAUCUCCAUUGUUCCGGUAUAGAAAGUAAACUGAUGACUUGUACCUAUGACUCUAAUACCAACGAUUGUGGAACAUACGAGGAUGUGGGAGUCAGUUGCUCUUCUACUUGUCCAACUACAGUCAAUGGAGGUUGGAGUAUGUGGUCUCCCUGGAGUGCCUGCUUUUGUGGAAGUCACCAGUUUCGAACACGUAAUUGCACCAAUCCGACACCUAUGUAUGGAGGACGGUAUUGUGAAGGUUAUCCCGCAGAGCAAAGAAACUGCAGUAGCUUCUGUUAUUCAAGUAGGUAACAGUUAGCAUAGUUACCAUAUUGUAGAAUGUUUAUGUUGUUUGAUAAAAGAUACCGAAUGAUAUUAAAACAAUUGAGGGCAAAACAAAAAUGUCCGUCAUACUGUUAAAAUGUAUAUUGUAAAAUACAUGACAACAUACGAUAUUGCAAUUUUAUGUUCAGAAACUAUCAACAUGAAAAUAAAAUUAAAAGAAGUCAGUACAAGAUAUUAUGUAUUUUAUUGCACUAAUAUAACAUUUGAACGUGUAUUCUUCUAACAAAGUAUCAUUAUAUUUAUGAGUACUAACACACACACACAUAUGUAUAUAUAUAUAUAUAUAUAUAUAUAUAUAUAUAUAUAUAUAUAUUGAAAAGUUUUAAAUUUUGUCCACGCUGUGCAUAAAAUAGGAAUUAUUUUUUUCCUAUAU